AUGGACCCGUUCACUUUGCGAAAGCGACGUCGUGUGUCGCCGCUGCGGAGCGAGUCUCCCACCAGAGCCGAUGCCAGACCUCCGAUCGACGAGGACGAAGAGUCAACCGACGUCAAACUGGCAAUUCUGUCAUCCCUGCACCCACACAGGUCUCAGGAUGACUUACUGGAAAUCCUGCUCGGCUGUGACGGCUCGGUAGAUGCUGCCAUCAAGGCGCUCUCGACUGUCAAGCAGCAUGCCUCUCCGCCAUCCAAGCGUCGAAUGACUGGGGCCAGUAUGCAGACUGGUCUCCCGUAUGCGUUAGAGAACAAGAGCCCAUCAAAAUCAACAUCGCAGCAACCGCUGACCAGAAAGGGCAAAACUCUUCACCUUUACACGCCGCACGAUAUCGCUAACCACACACCUUGUUCCAUAAUCCACAAUUUCCUUCCCUCCCGCCUUGCAAACGCCCUUCUAGAAGAGCUCCUUGCUGAAGUCCCCAGCUAUGACUCUAUUCAGUUCAAAAUCUUUGACAAUGUGGUCAAGUCCCCGCACACAGCUUGUUUCUACGUCGACAGCCUGGCAGAUGUGGAGCGACAAAGGAGCGAAUAUUACUACAAUGGCAAUGAUCUCGGAGAUAUCAGGGAGAUUCUACCUGUCAUGAAGCAAGUCAGCGGUCUGGUUUGUGACGCUGUGAACAGGGAGAUUGCCACUCGGAUUCGUGAUUUUUACCCGGAAGGGAAAAAAUUGAAAUACCAAUCACCCCAAGUAUGGAAACCCAACGCCGCCUUUGUCAAUUGUUAUGAUGGUGGCGCACAACAUGUGGGCUACCAUUCUGAUCAACUCUCCUAUCUUGGGCCUCGGGCCAUCAUCGGGAGCUUGAGUCUCGGGGUUGCGAGAGAGUUCCGCGUUCGACGGAUGGUGCCCAAGGACGAUCCUGACGAAACCGACAAAUCUGAAGGCACCUCUACCACUGCAGCAGACAAGUCAGGCCAAAUCGCAAUUCAUCUCCCCCACAACUCUCUCCUUGUGAUGCAUGCUGAGAUGCAGGAGGAGUGGAAACACAGCAUCGCACCCGCCCCUACUGUCACUCCCCAUCCCAUCGCUGGUAACAAGCGCAUCAACAUCACCUAUAGGUGGUACCGAGAAGAAUUUCGCCCCAAACACACCCCAAAGUGUAGAUGCGGAACCCCUUGUGUAUUGAAAACGGUGCAGAAACAGCGGGCUAACCGGGGUAGGUAUAUGUGGAUGUGUCAGGUUGGGAAUAGGCCAGGUGGCGGCGAGGGAUGCGGGUGGUUCGAAUGGGCGAGAUUUACAGAUGACGGGGUCCCCGUGAGCUGGAAGGACGGCACGAUAGAAGAAAAGAGUCCACCGGAGGGGGUUGAGACACAAAGGAAGGAAGACAAUGAGGCUGGCACAGAGGUCACUGAAACCUGA